GCAGGAGCUGGCGCAGCAGGGCCUGGGCUGCGAGUGCCUGGGGGGCGGCCGCCUCUCCCACCGCCCCGAGGAGAGGAAGAUCCACGUCUACGGGUACUCGGUGGGCUUUGGGCGAGCGGACCACUCCGUGACUACGGAGAAGCUGAAAGCCGAGUAUCCGGACUACGAGAUCACCUGGGCAGAUGAAGGCUACUGACUUGCUCUGGCUGGGCAGCAGCAUCGGCGCCAGCCUGGAGCUGGUGCGGCCGGAUCCGGCGUCAGGGCGGUGGCAGCAGGCUCCCCGUGCUCAGCAGCACUCCAGACUCUCCUGGUUUUUCUUUGUGUUGAACUUGCCCGUUCUCCACCGUCACUGGACUUCCCACACGCCAUGGGUGCUCUUCACCUCCCCGGCACAGCGUGGCAAAGCCUUGGUGAAGCUGGUGGGCGCUCUGCCCCGGCCUCCCCGGUGGCAAGGGGGUUUGUCCCACGUGUGUAUGUGAGAAUUAAACACGUUGG